GAAAACACGCCACACGGGUCACACCAUGUCACACCAGGCAACGCUUCCUAUUACGAGUUUGGAAAACUUUAGUGGUGGAAAUUGGAGAAGUUACGAAGAACAACUGAAUUGUUAUAUGUUAUUACACGAUAUUUCGGAAGACAAAAAGGUUCCUCUCUUGAUAACAAAAUUAACAAGUAAUGUUUAUGACAUUUUGUCAGGGUUAUGUGCCCCAAAACUACCAAUUAAUAUCACAUACGAGGAAUUAUGUAAAAAACUGCAAGAAUUUUACCACCCCAAGAUAAAUCUAGCAGUGCACAGAGCGAGGUUCAUGGACAGGAAGCAAGAAGAAGGAGAAACAAUAAAAGAAUACCUGCUAGCUGUUCGCAAAUUGGCUAAAGACUGUGAUUUUACGGAUGUAGACGAACACUUGAAGGAAAGAUUGUUGAACGGCGUCCACAAUGAAACAAUUAGGUAUGAAGUUUUGAAGAUGGCUGAUGCGUCUCUGGCAAAGUUAACAGCAGUGGCGGAGACAGCAGAGAUGGCUUUUAAACUAUCAGCUAAGCCAGUGGAUGUGUUCAAGCUCUCAAUGGAUCGUAGGAAGGCAAGCCAACAGCCUCAAAAAAACCGACAACAACAACAACAACAGUCAAAGUGCCUGUGUUGCGGCAAGACAGGCCAUUGGAAGGAUCAGUGUACCUUGCGUUUCAAGUACUGUUCGGAAUGUGGCAGGAAGGGACAUAUUUAUAGGCUAUGCCCUCAAAAGAAACCAAGCCUAAAAACUGUAGUUUGCUCUGAAGAAAAAGAGGAAGAUGUUUGUGAAAAUAAUGAACUAGAUGACAUGUAUCAGACACUUAAUUUGGGAUGAAAAACAAUAGAAGAAGUAAAUUCAAGACUAAAAUCUGUAUUGGAACGCUUCACAGAGGCAGAGCUGAAAUUAAAAAUAUCAAAGUGCAAGUUUUUUGAAGACCAUCUAACAGUAUUUGGAUAUCAUGUGUCAGGUGAAGGGAUCCGCGUGAUUAAAGAAAAUAUUGAACCCUUAUUAAAAGCACCCCAACCUGAAAACAUAAAAAUGUUACGUUCUUUUUUAGGAAAAGUAAAUUAUUAUAAUCGAUUUUUGAAGAAUAUGGCCACAAUACUACAACCUUUGUAUAAUUGUCUAAAGAAUGAAAAAUUUAUUUGGACCCCUGAAUGCGAGAAGGCUUUCUUAAAAAUAAAGGAAGCUUUAACAAAAACAGUCACUUUAUCUCAUUACAGCAAUGACUUGCCAGUAAUUUUAAGCUGCGACGCCUCAGACUGUGGGGUGGCCGCUGUCCUUUCAGUGAGAUCUGAGGAUGGUGUAGUGAAACCAGUAGCCUAUGCAAGUAAAAAGUUGACAGAUGCCCAAAUAAAGUACCCAACCAUAGAGAAAGAGGCAUUUUCAAUAAUCUUUGGAAUAACAAAAUUUUAUGAAUAUUUAUUUGGUCGAACAUUCGAACUACAAACAGAUAAUGCUGCACUAGUUACUAUAUUUGGCCCAAAAAAGGGUAUACCAAAAAUGGCAUGUCGAAGGCUACAGCACUGGGCUAUAUUCUUGUCAGGGUUUAACUACACUAUCCAUCACAUAAAAACUGAUUGUAACCCAGCAGAUUACUUAUCUCGCAAUCCUACACCAGACGAUAGUACUUUUAGUCACCCAGUAUUAGAUAGUAGUGAAAUAAGUGUGUUAAAAUUCUUGUCAUUAUCAAAUUUUGAAACUGUAAAUUGGAAAAUGGUGGAACAAGAAACAAAAAAAUGUACUACCCUAUCAACUGUAAUGAGAUAUUGUACUGAUGGUUGGCCUGAUAAAACAAUGUUAAAUGAAGAAUUAAAAUCUUUUUAUGAGAAACAAAAUGAACUAAGUAUUGAUCAGGGCUGCCUACUGUGGGGCACACGGGUAAUCAUUCCAAAAAGCCUGCAGAAUUUAGUUAUGAAUGAGUUACAUGCAAGCCAUUUUGGAAUAAAUAGAAUGAAACAAAUUGCUAGGUCAUAUUUUUGGUGGAAAACAAUAGAUAAGGAUAUCACAGAUAUAACAAAUGCAUGCAUGAUUUGUUUAGAGAACAGGAAGGCCCCCGAAAAGGUACCUUUAACGCCCUGGCCACAGGCCCAUACAGUCUGGGAGCGUUUACAUGCGGAUUUUCUUGGACCUUUCUGUGGUAAGAUGUUUCUAGUGGUAAUAGAUAGCUUUUCAAAGUGGCCAGAAGCAUACUUAAUGUCUAAUAUAACGGCCACUAAUACAUUGAAAGUCUUUAAAACACUAUUUGCCAGGUAUGGUUACCCGCUCCAUUUGGUGGUGGAUAAUGGAACUACGUGGACAAGUACUGAAUUUAAAGAUUAUUGUAAAACUAAAAAUAUCAAAAUAAGUUACACCCCACCUUAUUAUCCAGCCACGAAUGGAGCCGCGGAACGUUUUGUACAGACUUUUAAAAGCCAUGUAAAAAAAAUAAUAGCCAGUGGAAAGUCACUAGAGGAAGCUAUAAACUUAUUUUUAUUCGAUUAUCGGACAAGUGUCAAUAGAGCAACUGGUGUCAGCCCCUCGAAACUAAUGUAUCAGCGGGAGUUAAGAACUAGAUUUUCCUUGCUUAGACCACAGCCUGUAAGUGCGAGAUUGCAAAUAAAUAAUGAAAGAUUGGUAGAGUUCAGUAGGGGAAAGCGAAAAGUGACGUUUGACGUGGGAAUGAAAGUCAUGGUUAGAGAUUAUAGAGAUAAAAAACGAAAGUGGAUUGCGGGGGAGGUCAAGGAGUGUCUGACACCAGGGGUUACAUAUAUGGUACAGGUGGAGGGGAGAACCAUAAAACGCCAUGUUAAUCAAAUGUUAGCUAUAAGUAAUAAUUAGGGUAAGGUUAAGUACUCUGUUCUUUUUAUAAAUGUGCUGGGGGAGAGUUGUGGUAACUAAACGCCUGCUCCGUCCCCCCCUCCCUCUCUUGGGAUAGAUAUACUAACGUGAAGCUGUUGUGUAUCAAUUUAUUACAAUAAAUAAUAGUUAAAGCAUU